AUGCGUAGCGAGAAUCUCCUUCCGGUGUCGACGUUCCGAACGUUGAUCAACACAUCCUUCCAAGCGCCUUCUGGAGCUCGUACUAGAGCAGCCUGGCAGUGGCACCAUGCCAAUACCCACAAUGUCUCGAGUGCGCUCCCCGAUACGCCCGUCCCAUAUAUUGACCACAUUGUCUUUGCCUCUACUGGCGAACCUUUUCCAUAUCCUCUCCACUUCAAGUCCAAGACCUCGCCUACGGGGGUCUCCGCUGUCGGUAACACCCAUCAAUACCGUCUCGGAAAAACGUCUAUCGAGUUCGACGUGAACAACGAGGAUCACCGUGUUAAAAACCUGUAUCUGCAACACAGGCUUCACUUCUUGGAAUCCCGAGGCGGCGAGCAAGCAGAGCCCCUCCGAACAGGACGGUCAAAAAUGUGA